UUUCAUUUUCAUAUAGACAAAUAUAGAUUACUUUUAGACCAUGCUUGAAUACUUAACAAGUGCUUUUAAAACCUCAGAAGAACCCCAAGAGACUUCGACAACAAAACAUCAUGUCUAUGUCAAUGUAUACGACAUGAUUCAACCCAAUUACGUUACCCAAUUUGGAUAUUAUGCACUCGGUUUCGGUGUCUUUCAUUCAGGUGUAGAAAUAUGCGGCAAAGAGUAUUGUUUUGGUGGUCAUGAGGUACCUAAUGUUACUGGUGUCUUUGUUGUCGAACCACGGGUUGGAAUACCAGAGCUUUCUUUAAAACAGACAAUAGAUAUGGGAACAACAGAAUUGACAGAAAAAGAAGUAGAAGAACUCUUGUUGACACUAUCCGAUGAAUUUACAGGAACAUCAUACAAUUUAUUGUCGCGGAAUUGCAACCAUUUUACAGAAGAGUUUGUGAAACGAUUAAAUAACAAGACAAUACCGUACUGGAUCAAUCGAGCUGCUAAACUGGGAAACAUGUUUCCUUGUGUGGUACCUUGGGAAUGGAUUCAACCUCCUGAGUUGGCACAAGAAGCAGAAGAGGAAGAGGAAGAGGAUGAAGAGGAUGAUAGUGUUACAUCAUCAGGUAGAUCCUCCACGGUAUCAUUAUUAUGCAAUAAAAAUACAAGAUCCAUGUCGUACAACAGUACCGCAGAAGGUCAAGAUAGACUAGUCAAUUAUCCCAUCACAAAAUUUCAAGGCAUCAUUUCACCUCAAGAAGAAGAGGGACAAUAAUAAAACUUUUUUUUUAUUAGUU